CCACGCUUUACCGUCAUUAACAAAACCAACACUGUCUGGUUGCUACUACAUCAUGUCGUCAAAACCUCAAACCUAUUUGUCCAAUGGACAGGUUCUCGGAAGCCCGCCCCUCUGGGUUCGCAUCAACCGCCUUAUCGAGAACAUUUAUAUCUUCUUCGGCCUCUAUUUCGUGAGCCUUUUCUCGCUUGACCCGUACACGGCGGCGCAGAACUCGCAAUUCAAUGUCAAUCGUUCUCAGAAUCACCCAAAUACAAGAGCUCGCUGGGGAGGCAGCGGUGGAUCCGGCUCCGGAGGCGGCGGCGGCGGCGGCGGCGGACCCGGUGGAUUUGGACCUAGGAGGAUUGGGCGCGUCGAUGAUGUUCGAGGGCCAGAAUGCAAGAGUUGCCGCUGAGUGUAAACAGUGGGGUUUUGAUGUUCUUGAGGGUUCAUAAGGAGUGUUGCGCAUGGCGCGAUGGGCAAUCGUGGUUUUGGGUUGGAUCGUUACUAUGCCGGUUACUAUAUCCUUUGCUUUAUUAUCGAUAGGAUGAGCGCUCUACAUUUCUAGUGCUUCUGAUUGGAAUCUGGAGACAACCAUUUUCUAAUGACUUGCGCGAGCAUACGCUGCGGUAGCU